AUGCCAAAUUUACGUGUAUUUGAUAUAAUUCAUGAAGAUUUUCGAUCCAAAACUGAUUUACCCUAUCAUGAUUUAAUUGAUAAAUUUAAAUCGCCAUUUUGGAUUGAAAAAAAUGGUUUUUUUACGCAUCAACACAGUUGGCGUAAAAGUUUUGAUGGUGGAGUGUUUUAUUCAACUGAACCAUAUAGGUAAAUAGCCAAUUUAAUUAAAAAUAGAUUAAACAUCAGCUUAGUUCUAUUU